GAAGCCACUCCUCCAUUUCAAGGUUCCCUCGCCGCUGCCUUAGACGCUUCCGCUUCGAAUCGCAUCUGACUCCGGCCCUCCGAGCUAAAGCACAGCCAUGGUUGCCGCCAAGAAGACCAAGAAGACUCAUGAGAGCAUUAACAAUAGGCUGGCUCUGGUCAUGAAGAGUGGGAAGUACACUUUGGGAUACAAGACCGUCCUCAAGUCCCUCAGAAGCUCGAAAGGGAAAUUAAUUAUAAUUUCCAACAACUGCCCUCCUCUUAGGAAGUCUGAGAUAGAGUACUAUGCCAUGUUGGCGAAGGUUGGCGUUCACCACUACAACGGAAACAAUGUUGAUUUGGGAACUGCAUGCGGUAAAUACUUCAGAGUCUGUUGCCUCAGCAUUAUUGACCCUGGGGACUCUGACAUUAUCAAGAGCUUGCCGAGCGAGCAGUAAGAUAGCAGUCAAUGGGCGGUUGCCGUUCUCUUAAUGUGAUAUUUCUUAAUUUCGCCAGAAACUGAGAUUGUCAUUCUAAUUUUUGUUCUACAAUGUUAGUGUGUACUGUGUAGUUUAUACAAACCAUUUUAUGCGAAUGCCUAGUAGGUUUUGGAUUUGUCUCAUCUAUGAAUUUUGUUUUUGUCUAUGAUGUAAUGAAGUUGGUUUUUCUUGUUU